AUGAACAACCAGAACCGAGAUAAUGAUACGUUUCUCUCGAGGAUAUUUGGCUUGAACUCGGUGUACUAUAAUCAGGCCAAUGGUGCCAAUGGCAUUGGCAGCUCGGGUCAUGGGUUUUAUGACGAUAACUCGGUAGAUUUGGAGGCAAACUUCCCCAUGGACUCCAACUCGGUUCAUCUCCAUAAUUUGAACCUACUAAACUCUGAGGAAGAACCAGAGAGUGAUAAUAAUGAUGACUCAGACUCACAUUCGUUGAGCUCGGCCGAGGAUGACAUAAGUCGUUUGGACGAGGAUAACUUGGUAUCAAAUGAUGUUCCACCAGGCGCUACAUCCAUCAAUUGGAACUCACAGAGUCACCAGAUCCCGCCAGAACCACUGGCAGACAGGGCCAUUAAGUUCAAUCUACCCAAAAGGCGGUCUGUGUUCAAGAACAACAAGUUGAAGUUCAAUAUUCCUCCAAAGGAGAGAGCUCUUUAUCUAUGGGCCAACAUCGUCAACAUGGAUGAGUUUUUGAAUGACAUAUAUUACUACUACCAAAACAGAGGUCUCAACAAUAUUGUUUUGAGCAAACUCGUGGACUUGUUCAUCCUUGCUUUUAUCUUGUGGUUCUCCGUGUUUUUGAAAUGGGGUAUAAAUUAUGAGUUUUUCAGAAGCUGGGACCAACAGCUGGAGCACAAGAUAUAUUUGAAUGACUUAAUCAAGGUCCAUUACUUUCUGGAGAUCCCUUUCAUGGUGAAGUUUUUGUUACUUGGGUUUAGCGCAUACAUAGUCUUGAGACUAAUACAGUUGUACUUCAAUUACAAGUACAAGUUAAAGGAGAUUCAAAACUUCUAUUACCAGUUGAUCAACAUCCGCAACGAUGAUGAGCUUAUGACCAUCAGCUGGUCAAAGGUAGUGAGUAAGAUUGUGCUAUUGAAAAAUUAUAACAACCUCACAUCUUCGGCCAACCAAAUCAUCAAUACCAAUGACUUGAACUCGAAAGUUAGGUUGAACCCGCAGGAUAUAGCCAACCGUAUCAUGCGGAAAGAAAAUUACUUUGUGGCAUUGAUAAACAAAGAUGUGCUAGACUUGGAAACUUCAUUGGGCCCAAUCAAGUUGACAAAUUCAAACUUGUUGACAAAAACUUUGGAAUGGAAUUUAAAACUAUGCAUUUUCAACUUCAUCUUCAAUGCUAAUGGACAAGUAAACUCCAGGAUCUUGAAAGACUUUAACCGGUACCAGUUAUCUCUCGAGCUAAACAAACGAUUUAAAAUGGCUGCUAUCAUCAAUUUGAUCUUGUCUCCUUUCCUAGUGGUCUAUUUUGUUUUGUUGUAUUUUUUCAAAUACUUCAAUGAAUACCGGUUGAAUCCUUCAUCCAUAAUUAAUUUGAGACAGUUUACUCCAUAUGCUGAGUGGAAGUUAAGAGAGUUCAAUGAAUUACCCCAUUUCUUCAAUAAGCGUUUGAGGUUAUCAUAUAACCCGUCUAAUAACUAUAUUAAUCAGUUUCCCUCCAACUCCUUGUUGAUUAAUAUGAUGUACUUGAUCAACUUUGUCAGUGGAUCGUUUACUGCCAUAUUGGUCAUAUAUGGUCUUCUCUUGGAAGAUGAAAACCAUAAUUUUUGGUCGUUUGAAUUGACCGAGAACAAAUCGGUAUUGUUCUACAUCAGUAUCUUUGGUACACUCUUUGCAAUUACUUCAAAUUCGACUGAUAACGGUUCAAAUACAACCAACUCAAGACUGAGUUCUGAUGAGUCAACGACGUAUUAUGACCCAGAGGCAUCAAUCAAGUAUGUGUCUCAGUUCACGCAUUAUUUGCCCAAGCAUUGGAAAGGAAUAUUACACACCCAACAAGUGAAGAAUGAAUAUUGUGAACUUUUCAAGUUGAGGAUAUUGAUUGUUAUCAACGAGGUAUUGAGUAUCUUGCUUACACCCUUCUUGUUGUGGUUCAAUAUCUCCAACUAUUCAGGCGCCAUAAUAGACUUUUUCAGAGAUUACUCUAUCCACAUUGAUGGAUUGGGGUAUAUCUGUUACUUCUCCAUGUUCAAUUUCGAGCAAAAUGAUAAGAAUAUGUUGAGCAAAAAGAGAACCCAUAAAAGAAGAAAGAAUCUCAGUGAUAGUGACCUUCAUAUUGCUGGUGGUGGCAGUGUUAUACGCAACGAUGAUGACAACGAUGACGAUGAGAAUGAUUUUUUUUACCAAGAUGACAAGAUGAUCAAGAGUUAUAUGUAUUUCUUGGAAAGCUACGAACCCGACAAAUCAACUAAGCGUACUUCGAACACGAAGAGCUCCAAAGGACCAUCGAAUUCAUUUCAUUUCAACAAGACUUUAAAUAAUAGGUUCAAUAAUAGAGGUAAUUUCAAACCUCUCAGCAAAAUCAAAAUGAGCCAAACGUUGGAUCCUUCCAGCUCAUUAAUGAAUGAUGAAUUCAAUGAUCUUGUGGACAACAGUGAAAUAUCAGUUGAAAAGAUAGGAAAGUCUGGAGUAUUGGGAAUGUUGAAUCAAUUCUACAAGCAAGAUAUCAACAAACAGUAA